AGACACACAAAGGUCCAGCUGGAAGUGGACUCCAGUGGGUUCAGAUCUGGUCUGUGCUGGACUCCAGUGGGUUCAGAUCUGGUCUGGACUCAUGGAUGUGUUGGAUGGACCCCUGACUGCUCAGUGGAAUGUGAACUCUGGGACCAUGUGGGGGCAGCGGUCUGUGGAUCAUGACGGUUAUACUCUACUAAAAUGGAGGAUAGUUUUGAUUGUGACUGUGGCGAGCUGGAGCCACCUGAUCAAUAAGGCUGAGAACUUAUUUUGAAGACCAGAUUCAUUUCAACUCUCUAGAUCAGGUGACCCAAGAGGAAAACUAUACAGACAGACAAAUAAGAAAAGGAACAAAAAAAAAAUAGUGCAUAUUGGUACAUUUCAUAUGCUGCUCAGGACCAGUCAUACACUGAAUGUAUCUGCACUGUGAGGAUGCAACGACACACUUUUACUGUUUAACAUAGUUUAGCUUUUGAAUUGGCCUCAAAGUUCAUUCCAUUGCAGUCUAUAGUAACACUUAUCACCAAGAACUGCUCAGCCACAAACUGAGGACUUUUUUUCCCACUUUACUGUCCUCAGUCAUCAUGGAAAAACACUUUGUUCAGACAUUAGAGCCCCAUCAUUGACAGCAAAGGCCACCUAGGGGGACUUUGUAGUUAACUGUACCGGGGUCAGCUGGUUCGGUCUGGUUCAGGAACAACUGGACUGUUGGUGCUCAGAUUGGACUUCAGACAGGCCAGACAACACAUACACAACAGAGUCUGGUGUUUAGACCGUAGUAGUUACGAUGGCAGAGAAGUUUGAGUCCCUGAUGAACAUUCAUGGCUUUGACCUGGGUUCUCGCUACAUGGACUUGAAGCCUCUGGGCUAUGGAGGAAACGGACUAGUAUUCUCAGCAGUUGACACAGAUUGUGACAAACGUGUAGCUGUGAAGAAAAUCAUCUUGACUGACCCCCAGAGUGUAAAGCACGCCCUCCGCGAAAUCAAGAUCAUCAGACGUCUUGAUCAUGAUAACAUCGUUAAGGUGUUUGAGACUCUGGGCCCGAAUGGUCGUAGGCUAACAGAAGACGUGGUGUCCCUCACAGAGGUCAACUCGGUCUACAUUGUGCAGGAGUACAUGGAGACGGACCUGUGUCAGCUGUUGGAGAAGGGCCUCCUGUCUGAAGGCCAUGCCCGGCUCUUCAUGUACCAGCUCCUCAGGGGCCUGAAGUACAUCCAUUCUGCCAACGUGCUGCACCGGGACCUAAAACCUGCCAACCUGUUUGUCAACACAGAAGAUCUGGUUCUCAAAAUUGGGGACUUUGGUUUGGCCCGCAUCAUGGACCCCCACUACUCCCACAAGGGUCAUCUGUCUGAGGGUCUGGUCACCAAGUGGUACCGCUCUCCUCGCCUUCUGCUCUCUCCCAACAACUACACCAAAGCCAUCGACAUGUGGGCCGCCGGCUGCAUCUUUGCAGAGAUGCUCACAGGGAAAACCUUAUUUGCAGGGGCUCAUGAACUGGAGCAGAUGCAGCUGAUCCUGGAGUCCAUCCCCGUUCUGCGAGAUGAGGACCGACAGGAACUCAACAGCGUCAUCCCGGUCUUCAUCCGCACAGACAUGUCCAACCCUCACAUGCCUCUGGCCAAGCUGCUGCCGGACGUCAGCUCACAGGCUCUAGAUUUCUUGGAGAAGAUCCUGACCUUUAACCCCAUGGACCGUCUGACAGCGGAGGAGGCCCUGGCCCACCCCUACAUGUCCGACUACUCCUUCCCUUUGGAUGAACCGGUGUCUCUGCACCCCUUCCACAUCGAGGACGAGGUGGACGACAUCCUCCUCAUGGACCACAGCCACAGCCACACCUGGGACAAGUAUGAGCACCAGGACAUCUGGACUGGUCCAGGCCAAAGCUCAAACUGUUGUAUUGGACUGACUGUAUGUGUGGUGUGUUCAAGUACCUCUGUCGUCCUCAGGUUUCAUGAGAGCCAGCUGUCUGAGGCCGACUGGCACCUGCACAGCACCCAUGACCCAGAUGAGGUCCAGGUGGACCCAAGGGCCCUGUCUGACGUAACGGAUGAGGAGGUGGUCCAGGUGGAUCCUCGUAAAUACACCGAUGGGGACCGUGAGAAGUUCCUGGAUGAGUCGUCCUUCGACUACUCUGCCCUGUUCCUGCCUGAACGCUCCUGGCAGGACGACCACCACGAAAACAAAUACUGCGACCUGCAGUGUAGCCACACCUGUAACUACAAGGCCGUGUCUCCGUCCUACCUGGACAACCUGAUCUGGAGGGACAGCGAGGUCAACCACUACUACGAACCCAAGCUGAUCAUCGACCUAUCCAAUUGGAAGGAGCAGCAGAGCAAGGACAAGGACCGCAAGGCCAAGAGCAAGUGUGAGAAGAAUGGGUUGGUCAAGGCCCAGAUCGCCCUGCAGGAGGCUGAGAAGAUCCAGGGUCUGGUCCAGAAGGACAAAGAGCAGGAGAAACGCCAGACCCAGAACCAGCAGAACCAAGGCUUCGACUUCGACUCCUUCAUCGCCAGCACCAUCAAACUGAGCCUGCAGCCGGAACCGGGCCCAGAGAUCAACCUGCUCAAUGAGCUCAACUCCUCCGUGUCCCAGCUGGACGCACCUCGAUCCGGAUCCAUGUCCAAGUCCAUCAGUCAGGAGAAGGAGGAAAAGUGCCUGGUGAACCUGGCCCAGUUGGGUGGGGGCGACGCCGUCUGGCCCGGUCGCUGGGACAGCUUUGGCUCCGAGGACAGAGGCUCCUUGAUCGACGUGGGCAAAGAGGACCAGGUCCAGAAGGACAGCGCCUACACCAGCUACCUGGACCACCUGUUCGGCCGCAAGGAGGAGGGGCUAGGAGAGACGGGGAGCAGCCCGGAGACGGAGUCAGCCGGCCUGGACGGGGAGCUGGACGAGGCCUUCGUCAGCAGGAACGCCCAGAUCGUGCUGAACGUGCAGCUGGACUCUCUGGCUCUGCCCGGCUUCGACGGCACAGACGACCGGCCUCUCAAGUCCAUCCAGGCGUCGCUCACACCCUGCACCGUCAAAUGUUCCCCCCAGAUUGCCCACAAAACCUACAGCAGCAUCUUCAAGCACCUCAAUUAACCCCCCCACGGGCAAAGGCCAGACGUUUAGGAGGAACACAGUAUAUAAUCGUACUUGAAUCAUUUCAUCCCUUUGUUGUGCUUUGUUUUCUGUUCUUCUCUGAUAAAAGGAGGUGAUUGAUUAGGUUUGAUGGUCCCUCUAAAGGAGGUGAUUGAUUACAUUUGAUGGUCCCUCUAAAGGAGGUGAUUGAUUAGGUUUGAUGGUCCCUCUAAAGGAGGUGAUUGAUUAGGUCUGAUGGUCCCUCUGGGCCUUCAUGGGUUCCCGUCUACAUCUGUGGGGCUGGGCAACGUGUUAAACCAUCAGCCCAACUAGUCCACCUUCGUUUAUCUUUAAAUGCUGAAUUUUUAUUAUGUGAUAAGACAAAAGCUCGUCUGUCGUGUCUGAGUUCCAUUUGUUCGUUUUAUUCAUUAAAGAAAAUUCAAUCUUAUCCAUUUUAUUCAACAACAAACAGCCACUGAUUCCAGAGUGAAAGUGUCUGAGUUCCUCUGAAAGGAUCCAGUGGUUUUGUUGCCCAGCCCUAUAUUCAAGUACUGUAAACCAACACUGCAGAGGUACCCUCUGGAUCCAGGGGGGGCACUGCGGAGGUACCCUCUGGAUCCAGGGGGCGCUGCGGAGGUACCCUCUGGAUCCGGGGGUGGGGGGGUGCUGCAAUGCCAUUGGACGAACCACCUUAGAUACUAAUAUGGUUUCCACGGCUUCAAACCGGCUGAGUCCAUUUGUGACUUUUUUUUUUAUUUGGAUAAAAUUUUCCCCAAAGAAAGCUUCCUUCCCACCCAUGUUCAUCCUGUAAAUGUGUCACAUGAUGCCAGCAGCAGCAGCCAUUACGGUCGGUGUUAAUGUAAAUGUGUUAUCUACCUCAAGGUAACAGCCGCGAGAGACACUCGAAGCCGCACUAGUGCUUUACACACAUGACCAUCCUCAUCCAGGACAUGAAGGGGUCGCAGACAGGACAUCUGGGCUUUCAGUAAUCAUUAUUUAUUUCUAGAAGAUUUGCAAUAUUUAUUUGAUCCAAAUGUGUUCUUUCAAUGUGAUUAUUGAAGACGUAGGAGUUGGACGGUUGGACGUCCAUGUUCAUGUGGGCGUCGAAGUGUUCUUUGGUUUUUAUGGUAAACCUACAAAUUCACCUGUUCUCAAACAAGUCCAUGCUUUCUAUUUUCCAUCAAUAUAGUCCUUAUGGAUAUUAUUUUUGUUCAGUUUUUGUUAAUUUAAAGGUGCAUUCUGUCUUUAGUGGAAAAAAAACUACUAAAGAAGUCUUAAUUUUUUAACCUAAUGUAAAAAACCAGUGUGUGCAUGGAGGACACAGGACGGUACAUUCAGUCCAGUCAACGCUCAGUGUCAUGUACGUCAGUUUUAAUUGUAUGUUUUUUGUUAAAUUUUUAUGUAUUUUUUCCAGGCAAGCAUGAUGAAUUAGGUUAAGGUGUAGCAUGUAGAACACUUUUUUUUUGUAAUCAUUGGUUACCCUGUUCUACAAAAUAUCUCCAAAUAAAAUUACUGGCAAAGAC